UACUUUAAAAAUAUGGGUAAAGUGAGAUCAGCACCGGGUGCUCCCCGGAAACAGGGAUUCAAUAAAUCUGGACAUUCUAUGAACCCGGACCGCCCUACUGAAGGAUUGAAGGGUGUCGGAAAUCCCAGAACCAAAGGAACAAUCAAAAGGCUGCAGAUGUACCGUAAUUUUAAGGCCAAACGAGACAAGACUGGCAAAAUCUUAACCCCCGCCCCUUUUCAAGGAUGGCUCCCAUCUGGAACUCGGGCUCGAGUAGAACCUAACCAAAAGUGGUUUGGAAAUUCUAGAGUUAUAUCUCAGAACGCUCUCCAGAAAUUUCAAGAAGAAUUUGGCGCUGCUGUCAAAAACCCUUAUCAGGUUGUUAUGAAACCUACCAAUUUACCUAUAACGUUACUGAAUGAAAAAGCUAAGAAUGCUCGUGUCCAUUUACUAGAUACUGAAGGAUUUGACAAAAUAUUUGGACCAAAGAAACAGAGAAAACGAGUAAAUUUAAAAUUUAAUGACAUCACAGAACUGUCUAAGGCCGUGGAGGAAAGUGCUGAAAAAUAUGAUGAAUCAAAAGACAUAGAUAGAGUACGUGAAGAUUCUGGAGUCAAGGAGGGGCAGCGAGACUGGGUUUUUGGGGCUGGAAUGAGCAAAAGAAUUUGGAAUGAACUAUAUAAAGUUAUUGACUCAUCUGAUGUGUUAUUACAAAUAUUAGAUGCUCGUGAUCCAAUGGGGACCAGAAGCCCCUAUGUGGAGAAAUUUCUUAAAGAUGAGAAACCACAUAAACAUCUUAUUUUUAUUUUAAAUAAAGUUGAUUUAGUCCCUAAUUGGGUAACUCAAAGAUGGGUUGCAAUCUUAAGUGCAGAAUAUCCAACAGUAGCAUUUCAUGCUUCACUGACACAUCCAUUUGGAAAGGGUUCACUCAUCAAUUUAUUGCGUCAGUUUGCCAAGUUACAUAUAGAUAAGAAACAAAUAAGUGUUGGUUUGAUUGGAUAUCCUAAUGUAGGUAAAUCGUCGGUUAUUAAUACUCUAAGGUCAAAAAAAGUUUGCAAAGUGGCACCCAUUGCUGGAGAGACAAAAGUUUGGCAGUACAUUACCUUGAUGAAGAGAAUAUUUUUGAUAGAUUGUCCUGGUAUUGUAUACCCGUCAGCUGAAACAGAUACUGAAAAAGUCCUCAAGGGUGUUGUAAGAGUUGAAUUAGUGCAAAACCCAGAUGAUUACAUUGAAGAAGUUAUCAAAAGAGUCAGGAGAGAGUACCUCAUUAAAACCUACAAAGUUGAUAGAUGGGAGACUGCUACAGAAUUUCUAGAGAAAUUGGCAGCUCGGACUGGUAAGUUAUUAAAGAAAGGAGAACCUGAUGUAAAUCAAGUUGCAAGAAUGGUGCUUAAUGAUUGGCAAAGAGGCAAACUUCCUUUUUAUGUGGCCCCUGAAGGGUUUGAGAUUCCUUUAACUAAACAACAGCCAGAUACAGUAAUUAAAAUACCCGCAACAGAAGUUAACCAAGAGCCAGUCUCUCAAGAAAUUUCAAAAACAGAUACUGACAAUGAUGCUGCAGAAAAACCAGUUCUAAAUAUUAAUAAACUAAUAAUUGCGCAAGAUUUUGCUAAAAUUAGAGUUGGUUUACAAUUUGAUAGUAAUGAUGAUGUUAAACCUCUAGAAAAAAAUAGCAUUCCUGAAGAACAGGGUAUUGAUGAUGACGAUAUUGAUGCUGAUGAAUCACAAAGUGGUGAAAUAGACAGGACUAUAGACAAUGGUGAUGACUCCUCUGACAUAAGUGACGUUUAUAGCAAUGAUGAAAAUGUAUGCAGUGAUUUAGAAGAUUACUUGACAAAUGAUCCAGAAACUGUGAAUGAAUUGAGACGUAAGAAACUUGAGGCAGCAAGUGGCGAAUUUAUAGUUGAUGAAGUUCCACAAAAGGGUAAGAAGAGAAAGGCAAACUCAAAUGAAGCCGCUCCAAAGAAAGUUACAGCAAAGCAACGAAGAGCUAUUGAUAGAGCCCAACGUCGUACUAAGACAGGAAGCAACUUUUAUGAAGUGUCUAAUAUGUCAUCUGGAAGUGACAGUGAUGAAGAUUUUGUGCCUGGUGAACCAGAACAGUUAUCUGAAGAAGGGUCUGCUGAUGAAGAGACUGAGUCGCAAUAUGAACAAGAGUUAGAACAUAAAAGUAAGAAACGGAAAGCAACACAAACAAGUAAAGGUAAAAAGAAGUUAAUGAAAAAAAAUGGUGUGAAAGAAACUGUAUCUGAGCCAGAAGAAACACCUAAGCUAGAUGAAGAGGUAGAUCCAGAAGAAGAAAAAAAGAGAGAGGAAGAUCUGUGGGCUAAGUUUCUGGAAGGAACAGACUCGAAACCGAAAUCUGCAACAAAAGAAUCAGCUGCAGUAAAUACUAAAGUUACACAGCCUAAUGUAGAUUCUAAUAAAAAUAAAGCAGUCAUAAAAGAUAAAGAAAAGAUUGUUGAAGAUAAUGGAUCAAGGGAGAGACGCAUUUUUGAGUUUGCAGGCGAAACUAUAGUAGUAGAGAAUAAUGUGAUAAAAGAGAAGAUGAAGACUGCUGAAAAUGCUGGAGCAGGGCCUGCCAUUUCGGAAGGGUCGUCAGCUAGAAAGAGCACGGGUGGUAUAUCAAGUGUCCUGGAUACUCUCAAUAAGAAGAACAAACUGUCAACACUUGAAAAAUCCAAACUGGACUGGAUGACGUAUAAGAAAGAGGAAGGCAUUGAAGAGGAAAUUGAAAGUCACAAUAAAGGAAAAUCGGGCUACCUUGAUCGAAGAGAUUUCUUGGAGCGCGCCGACUACCGCCAGUAUGAGAUAGAACGUGACUUGAGAAUGUCUCGACGAAGCAACCGAUAGACAUCACAUUGCCAUAUUUAUUAUACAUUAGAGUAUUACCCGAUUUAAUUGUAACCUCUAAAUAAUUGAUACCAAGGUA